AUGUCCAAACCUCGCUCGCCUCACAAGAAGCACGCUCGGUCGGUGGCAUCGGAUGAACCCUGGAAGGUCGAUGACCCGUUCGGGCCGCCGCCGGUACCGCACUCGACUUCCAACGGUGGUAUUCGACGCCUGCGCGAUACUUUGUCGAAAUUAUCGCCGGCCGCCUUUGCAGAAAAGGAGCUCCUGCGCAAGAAGAAUCAGUACAAGAUUCCUCUGACCGAGCGCAACGUCGACACUUUUGUCACGGAGCAGGAAUUCCAUGAAGCCUGCCACCCCAAGGAGCGCACAUCCGAAGACCAGGUCGCCGAAUGGCUGAAGCAACUGUCCUGA